AUGCUUUUUUUUAUAUUAAUUUCAUUGGUAUAAUCUAUUGAUGUGAGACCGAAUGUCAAUCUAACCAUCGGCUUAGAUUUUAUGGACAACUCCCAUCUGUCAUUCUUUUAGCAAUUCCAAUCAUAUUUCUUAGAUUUCAAACAAAAAGGAUGUAAUCCACUCCUUAAUAUCAAAUAGUAAAUCUAAUAAUAGCACAACACCUAUUGCCAUGUUACAGUUGCUAUACUAGACAUCAGUACAAAUAGCCUGAACAAAAUUGCUUUGGAGGAGGUUAGUAUUGUUGUAUGAAAUAUAAAUAUUGCAAGAGUUUUCUGAAUCAGUCUCAGGUCAAACUAUAUUGACAGAAAUGCUCAGAUAGUAAUGUAUAUUAGAAGAAUAGCCUCAAUUCUAUUUCAAUUACACAAUCUAUUUCUCUCAAUAAUGCAUGCAAUUACCAAGUGAAAUGAAGUCAUGUUCUGAAAACUACUUUACAAAUAACAAUAUUUCUACUCAAUCCAUUGACAAUUGCAUUCAAAAUAGCUUUGAAGGACCAUCUGAACAAUUUCAAUCUCUUAAAACUAAUAGAAUCUUAGAUCAAUACAAAUAAUUACAAUACAAUAAAACCAAAUUCGCAUUAAAUUUAGAUGAUUAAGACUUGACCAAUACUCCAUUUAAGUAAAUUAUGAAUUAACUUUGCAAAAAGUUUGAAUAUGCCUCUAUUCCAGCUUGUGGAGUCAUCAAAGCAGAUUCAAUUCAAAAAACCAAUCUGUUGGAAUAAAUAUUUUUGAUUCUUUUUGCCAUCAUAAUCAUUUUGAUUAUUGUUUAAGGGUCUUUAUAAUUGCUUUAGAAUAUACAAUUCAAAACAUUCUUUACUCCUAAAAGUAGAAUUACAAUCCCGAAAUUAGAGAAAGAUCAUAUCAUUUAGGAAGAUGAUGUUUGA